AUGGCAGAGCUCGAUAAAUGGAUUGAAGUAGUGAAAAAUUGCAAAUACCUGCCUGAGAAUGAUCUCAAAAGGCUCUGUGAUAUCGUGUGCGAUCUCCUGAUGGAGGAACCAAAUAUUCAGCAAGUCAGCACACCAGUUACAGUCUGCGGAGACAUCCAUGGACAGUUCUACGACUUGGAAGAAUUGUUCCGAUGCGGUGGACAGGUUCCGGACACAAACUACAUUUUCAUGGGAGACUUUGUUGACAGAGGCUACUACAGUCUUGAGACCCUUACGCGUCUCAUGACCUUAAAAGCUCGAUACCCAGAUCGGAUAACUCUCUUGCGUGGAAACCACGAGAGCCGCCAGAUCACUAAAGUCUACGGCUUCUACGAUGAAUGCUUAACUAAAUACGGCAACGUUAAUGCCUGGAAGUAUUGCUGCCGGGUGUUUGAUCUUCUUACUGUAGCUGCUUUAAUCAACGAGGACGUUCUGUGUGUUCACGGUGGCUUGAGUCCUGAAAUCAAGACUCUGGAUCAGAUCCGGACGAUUGAUCGGAACCAAGAGAUCCCUCACAAGGGAGCCUUCUGUGAUUUAGUGUGGUCUGACCCUGAAGAUGUUGAGUAUUGGUCUCAGAGUCCCCGUGGAGCUGGCUGGCUCUUUGGGGCACUCAUAACCAAUGACUUCAUGAAGAUUAACCGUUUGGAGUUGAUCUGUAGAGCACACCAGCUGGUAAAUGAAGGUAUCAAGUACAUGUUCGACUCCAAACUGGUAACUGUAUGGUCAGCACCCAAUUACUGCUAUCGCUGUGGCAAUGUUGCCUCCAUUCUCAGCUUUAAAACCUCCAAAGAGCGCGAUGUCCGGGUGUUUACGGCAGUCCCGGACACUGAAAGGGUCAUCCCCACCCAACAAGCGCCCUAUUUUCUCUAGUUCGACUAUGAUACUUACAUGCAUCUGAUGUCCAGAGGAUCUCUCCACACUCCUGCACUGAAUUUAAGAAAAUAUCCCGGAGAUUUGUUGUGGAAAAGUGCCUCGUUCCCGUUGUCUUUAUAUAAUUUUUGCAGGUAUGGCCAAAUUCACGGGCAAAAGUGACAAACAAUAUCCGAAGAUGGCCGAAAGAAGUCGAAGUGGCUGUUUUCAAACGAAAUUCUUUUCACCAAAACUGUCACGUUUUUCACCACUGAACCCGGUGGGCAUUACCUGCUAGUGUCUUAACAUCUCAAAAGUAUUCCUUACUUUACUGCGCAUUUCUAGGAGGAUCUCUCAAUGUGAGAAUAAAUAAAUUUUCAUUGUUUUUUUCA